CUGAGCGAGGUUGGUGACUAUCACAGGCAAGGCACUUCUCCUCAACCUCUAAACCAGUCUACAGUUCCUGACAUCAUGAGCUACUACGGCAGCUACUAUGGAGGCCAAGGCUAUGGCCACGGAGGUAUCAGUGGCCGGGGCUAUGGCCACGGAGGUAUCAAUGGCCUGGGCUAUGGCCAUGGAGGCUUUAGUGGCCAUGGAGGUGCCAGUGGCUAUAGCUCCAACCAGAGUGGCUUCAACGGUCUUGGCUAUGGCUAUGGAGGUGGCAGCUUCCACAGAUUGGCCAAUGGCUAUGGCUCUGGAAGCUUUGGAGGAUAUGGUUCUGGCUAUGGAAACCGCAAGUACCAUGCCUCAUCUUUUGGGAAAAAUGGCUUCUGCGGCUCCUUCUAAAGAGUGAAAUUACCCUUGGACCACUGGGCUCCUCCUGUCAACUGCUCUGUUGAGCUCUCAAUAAGCCAUGGACCUCAGCAGAGGGGCGCUGAUGGAUUCUCCUCAAGAUCAAGACUCAGCUGUGAGAGGCAACCCCAGAAGCAAGAGACAAAAGCGCAAAGGAAACCCUUCUUACACAACAAGCUGAGCUCUUACUUUUCAAGUUAUUAAUCUUUCUUUCCUUCUAUUAUAACAAUAUAGUACGAAGUUUCAUGUUUCAAUAAAUUAAUUUCAAUCAAAA